AGGCCACUGCAGAGGCAGUACGCAAUUGGACCCUGAGCCUGAGAGAUCCUGUAUACCGUCUGACCAAUAAGGCUGCUCUUCUGGAAAGAGAAGCUUCUUUUCUUCCCAUUCUUACUUAAAAGAGACAAACCUGGAACCCUAGAACCGGGAACGAGCGUUCGGACAGACAACCCACUUCAAGGAUGCAGGACGGGAGUUGGAAUCAGCCACUCCCCAUCUCUCUGCUGCUCAAGGAUCCGGCGGCAGGUGGGACAUUGGAGGGGGAUGCGGGGGUGUUUUCUGAGGCGUCCUCCGACGGGGACCUCUACCUGGACUCGGUAACAGAGCUGGAUUCUGGAGAUGGAGACUUUGCGGAUCUUACCGCCUUCUUGAGCGCAGAAGAGAUUAAUCGUAGCCUGGACCUGGCCCGGGAGGCCUUUGGUGAUGCAGGUGAAUCUGGCGAUCCAGGCCCCUCUAAUCCUACGCAACAGGAGCAGGUUCUCCAAGCUGUCCCCUCCCUUUCUCCUCAAGCGACUGAAAAUCUCAUUACGAGCCCAAACCUACAGCACCAGACCAAAGCCCCCUGCCCAGAUGAUAAUGCAGCAGGUAGAGCCUCCUCCAGCCAGAAUGCCCCCCUCAUCAAACCUGUACAGGCGUCCAGUGAGUCUCCGUCCUCUACUGAGAAGGUUGUCCGUCACAAACCACUCCAGCCAGUUUAUAAGCAGGACAAACCCAGGCUGGUUCACGAAGGCCUGGAGCUGGGUGAUCGAGCUGCUUCGGCAACAGAGUUCUGCAGCCGUGCUGCCACGUUUAUUGAGGAGCUGUCGUCCAUCUUCAAAGGUUCUGCUCACUUGGAGCAGCAGGUGGAAGAGGAUUCCUCCUCUCCAGACAGUGGCUAUCUGUCUCCGAGAAGUCAGCGGCCGGUCCCUCAAGGCUCGGCCUCCGUCCCCCCUGUGCCUUCCGGCCAGCAAGAGGAGACGCCGUACAGCCAGCCAGACACGGACCCUCAACUUGGGGGUCCAGUGGGAGUGGCAGUUUCUGCAAGGUACCAACACGCCGGAGCUCCAACAGGAUCCGGACCCCUGUCCCCUCCUCAGUUCCUCCAGAAGCUGAAGAGUCAGGAAGUGGCUGAGGGGAGCCCUAUUCGCCUGGAAUGCAGAGUCAAUGGAAACCCUCAACCGCUUGUCCGGUGGUUCUGUGAAGGCCGUGAGCUGCACAACUCUCCUGACAUACAAAUCUGGAGGGAUGGUGACCUGCACACGCUGGUGAUUACCGAAGCCUUCGAAGACGACACGGGACGUUACACCUGCGUGGCCUCCAACAGUCUGGGAGCGGACAACACCUCUGCUGAGGUUUACAUCGAAGGGGUUUCGUCAUCAGACUCAGAAGGAGAAGGAGGACAGUCAAAGUCCAGAUCAGGAGCCAUGCCUCAAGCUCAGAAGAAAAUGACUUCAGUGUCCCUAACAAUACGCUCAUCGUCGCCCAAAACCCCGGAGGUCCUUCCUCAUCGCUCCACUCUGGUCCAGUCCUUGUCUCAGCCCCCACCGCGGAUGCAGAGCCCGGUGUCUUCACUGUACGGUGGCGAGGCGUCAGGCCCUCCUUUAUUUACAAAGGUCUUGCAGGACGCCCAGGCAUCUGAGGGCCAGGUGGUGGUCCUGGAGUGCAGGGUCCGUGGAAGUCCCCCUCUGCAGGUCCGAUGGUACCGCCAGGGAAGUGAGAUCAUGGAUUCCCCUGAUUUUCGCAUUCUCCAGAAAAAACCCCGAUCUGCAGCUGAGCCAGAGGAGAUCUGCACCCUGGUGAUAGCAGAGGCCUUUCCAGAGGAUGGAGGUCUGUUCAGCUGCAUCGCUUCCAACCUCUAUGGCUCUGUUAACAGCACAGCACAGCUGACUGUCAAUCCAGCAGCCGAGGACUCAUCCAGUAAUGGCAUGUCUGGUGAUAGCUCAGGGUUUGAGGAUGCAGUGGCUUUCCCUCCCCCUCCCCCUCCCACCGAGAUCAGCCUCCUGGAGCUGCCACCCAAGAUGCAGCCUCAGCCCAGCGCGGAGGCUCUCCAUAUCAAGGAGCUGGAGAUCUGGCCCUGCGUGUCAGCUCUGCCUCCAGUACACAUGAGCCCGGAGGUGGAGGACAGCGACAAAGAGAAAGAGUCCAUGCAGAAUGGGCAACUCCCAAAUCCACCAUCACCCCCCAGCCUGCCUAAAGAGACUGCGCUUCCACCCCCACCUCCUCCUCUACCACAGCCUGACCUGACAAAAGAUGUCCCAGUCACAGCCCCAUGUUCAGCCCACACGGUACAAGACUCACUUCCAGCCCCAGGCAAGUUGUCCCCAUCCCCCGGGAAGGACGGUCCUCCUCUGCCCACCAAGCCGAAACCAAAGCUAGCUGAGAGUGUAGAGGAGGAGACAGAAAAUUACAGGAACGCGUCUCAGCUGAAGCAGCUGCAGGACCAGAUUCUGUUGGAGCAGCAGGAAGCCGCCAACUGGGAGCAGCAGCAGCAGCAGAACCCGGAAGUCCCACCUCCGCCUCAGCAGCUGCUCCGGGAAGCACCUCCACCUGCGCCGCCGUCUCCGCCUCUCCCCCCUCCUCCCUCCUUCCUGGAGCUGGAGAGCAGCACAGCCAUGCAGACCAGCACGUUCAACUACGCCCGGCCCAAGCAGUUCAUCGCUGCCCAGAGCCCCACCACCCCGGGCUUCGUCACCCAGUCCUCUGGCUCCUCCGGGUCCAGCCUGUCCUCCCCCCUGUCGCCCACCACCCCACACAAGUCCUUCGGCAGGGUCCCCAUGCCCCCCUUGACCAAGGCCGGCAGCGUGGAGUCUCCGAGCUCGCCGUCCUUCCCGCCCCCGCCCCCGCCCUUCCUCAGCUCCAGCAACCUGUCCUCUCCAACCGGCCCCGGGCAGGACUUCCCUCCUCCCCCGCCACCUCCCCCUCCCCCCGUCGCCGUGUCUCCGGCCUACUCGGACAUGUCCUCGCCGUUUUCGUCCAUCCCCGCGUCCCCGGCCUCCAGUUUCCUGUCCUCCGUUUUGCCGUCCACACCUUCCACGCCCGGCAGCCCCACAGUCAACGCCCUGGGUCUUCCGAAAGGCAACGGGACUGUCAAAGCGUUCCCCAGGAAGUCCUCUGUCACCAAGGCGCCCCGCUUGACCUCUGACUCGGACAUCCAGGGAUCCAAGGACGCGGUCAUCCAGGAUCUGGAGAGAAAGCUGCGCUUUAAAGAGGAGCGCAUGAGCAACGGUCAACAGAAGUUAACCUAUGAGGAGAAGAUGGCGCGCAGGCUGCUGGGUGCUGACAACGCCGCUACCGUCUUAAACACACAAGACACAGAGGAGGAGCCUGUCACACAGGAAGACAAGUCAUCCGAUAAAGAAUCUUAUCCUCAAAAGGAGUACAAGGUGUCCAGCUUCGAGCAGCGCCUCAUCAGCGAGAUCGAGUUCCGUCUGGAGCGCUCCCCCGUGGAGGAAUCGGACGACGAGGUGCAGCACGACGAGCACACCGUCGGCCAGGGGGUGCCGCCAUCCCUGGACCAGAAGCUCAAACACUUGAAAGUCUUUGAGGGCAUGCCGGUCACCUUCUCCUGCAAGAUCCACGGAGACCCCAAACCAAAGGUGUACUGGUUUAAAGAUGGCAAGCAGAUCUCAAAGAGGAGCGAGCACUACAGGAUCAGCCGAGACCCGGAUGGAACCUGCUCUCUGCACACUGCUGCAGCCUCACUGGACGACGACGGCAACUACACCCUCCUGGCAGCAAACCCUGAGGGCAGGGUGAGCUGCACCGGCAGGAUGAUGGUCCAGGCGGUGAACCAGCGGGGCCGCAGCUCGCGCUCGGCGCCCGGACACAUGCGCAGGCCCAGGUCCAGGUCUAGAGACAGCGGAGAUGAGAACGAUAACAUCCAGGAGCGUCACUUCCGCCCUCACUUCCUGCAGGCGCCCGGUGACCUCAUCGUCCAGGAGGGCCGACUGUGCCGGAUGGACUGCAAGGUGAGCGGCCUGCCCACUCCUGACCUCAUCUGGCAGCUCAACGGACAGACCAUCCGGCCCGACUCUGCCCACAAGAUGCUGGUGAGGGAGAACGGCGUGCACUCGCUGGUCAUCGAGCCGGUGACGAGCCGCGACGCGGGCAUCUACACCUGCAUCGCCAGCAACAGAGCCGGACAGAACUCCUUUAACCUGGAACUCAUCGUGGCAGCCAAAGAGAUGCACAAGGCCCCCUCGUUCGCCGAGAAGCUGCAGAACACGAGCGUCGCCGAGGGUCAUCCUGUGCGGCUGGAGUGCCGCGUCACGGGGGUGCCCUACCCGCAGAUCUUCUGGAAGAGGGAGAAUGAGUCGUUCACUCAAAACACAGAAAGAAUCAGCAUGCACCAGGACAACUCUGGCUACCUGUGUAUGAUCAUCCAGCCAGCUAUGAAGGAAGAUGCUGGCUGGUACACUGUGUCGGCCAAGAACGACGCCGGCAUCGUGUCCAGCACCGCGCGACUUGAUGUUCAUGCCCAGUGGCAGCAGCCCAACCUCCCCAAGCCCAAGAAGGUGCGUCCCUCCACCAGCCGCUACGCAGCACUGACAGAGAGAGGGCUGGACGUGAAGGCGGCCUUCUUCCCCGACUCCAGCCCGCUGCAGCCCGGAAGCCUGGUGGAAAGCGACGACCUGUAGAGGCCGCGGUGAGGCGGCGGACUGCGGCGUCGUACUGCGACGUCGCCCCCCUCCCCCUCCACCCCUAAAAAAAACCCUGAACGCUGCCCCUGGUCCCCGCACCCCUGACAAACACACUUAAAGACGGCGAGAAGGGGCCGAGUAUAACCUUGUCCACCACCUCUGAGCUGAACCGCAGAACGUGACGGUGGGCAGAGCGAGACGGCGCAGCGGCGUUUUUUUCUUCUGCUUUCACGGAGCGACACAAGCCAUCGCAUCACACCACCACCCGAGUUUCAUCUUAUCAACUGGACCUGGAGUACGACUGAAGAGUUUUACCAUGAGAAAAGACUGUAUGGCUGGCUCUGUCUGCAAAAGGGCCGCCUCUUCAAGUGCCUCUCAUUUCUGUAAAGAUGCUAAAUUGCUAUGCAUGUCCCAAGUGGUUCCAUUUGCAGUACACAGGUUAAUACUGUUUCUGUUAGUAACACUCUCGCCAGCUAUGUGAAGAGACUGAAUGAUUCAAAGGACUGACGAAGGAGGAAACGGACUUACUUUUAUUAUGAGGCCUAGCGUAGCACAGAGCUGAUAUCUACAGUAUCCGAUUGUAGCUAAAGUAUCACACAUGAUUUCAGUGUUGUCAGGUUAUAGAUUAGCUUAGAGAUAUUGGACAAGGCCGGGCCUUACAAACGGUAUGUUGUUGGUUUUUUUUUUUUUUUUUUUAAGAAGAAGAAAUGAGGUUUGCGUGUGAGUGGCAGAACUUAAGGAAAGUUGGAACGAACAGAACGAUGUGGUGAGAAUGGCGGAUGAAGCAGGUUGACAGAGGGAUGUGAGUGGUUGGUAGAGGAGAUGAUUCAAAGCAGUGAUAUGGGCAAAAAGAUGUUAGCAACCGUGGGUCAUUUGUUGGUGAUUUAUUCCUUCUUCUUCUAUGGUUUAUUUUUAGUAGUGUGACUUGAAAUGUUCUCACUGGAGAAAGGGUGCUGUGAAAGGUUUGUCACACGUGUCACAGAUUAUCCAUUUUAUUUUUGUAUGAAAACUAAAGAUUUACCUUCCCGUCAGCCUUGGCAUAAAUCCUAUCUGCAGCCUUCUGUGCACUCAUAAGAACCAGCCUGUCUGUAUCGUGAGGUUUUAUAAGUAUAUUUACUGCCUUAAAUCACAGUUUCUUUGCAUGUUAUUUUUGGACACUUGUAUGGUGCCAAACAACUUUUACCGGGAUGUAUAAAAAAACACAGCCUCUUAUUUCAGUAUUCAGGGGGUAGUAAGCACUCAAGGUAUAUUUAUAUCUACAAUUUCUGUCUCCUCUGUGAUGAUCCUUUUCAUCUUUUUUCUGUCUGUUCAGAGCUUGCAUCAGCUGACACCUCCCGUGUUAGCACAUUUCUAUGCCAAUCAAAGCCUGUAUAUGGAUUGUUCUCCUGAUAUUAUUUUAGGUUAUGAAAGUUAAUAAAAAUCAAACUCUUCGGA